GUGGUUGUGAGAAAGAAGGAAGAACCCUGAACCCAGGAAGAUAGCAGCUAAAACCGGACACCAGCGACUCGUAGGGAUACUGCUCGCACUCUGCACCUCGAUAAGCAUUUUUGACGGAUCGACCUCCGGGACAGAUUUCCCCUUCCACGUAGGGAAAAUGUGUUAAACCUGCAACCACCAAGGAAGGGAAAUUUCAAAGCUUGGAUUCUGUGUAGUUUAAAGACCCUGGUAAAGACGCUGUGUAGCCAUACAGGUUUCAUUUGCCAUGGAUGAAGAAAGUCAGAGCAGCCUAGAGUGUAUCCAAGCCAACCAGAUUUUUCCACGCAAACAGCUGAUCAGGGAAGAUGACACCCUUCAGGUUCCUUUCCAAGAGCUGCAUGGAGAGAGCACAGAGUUUGUGGGCCGAGCAGAGGAUGCAGUCAUCUCUUUAUCCAACUAUCGUUUGAACAUCAAAUAUAAAGAAUCUUCUAUCAAUGUUCCACUGCAGCUCAUUGAAUCUGUUGAGUGUCGUGAUCCUUUCCAGCUCCAUUUGACCUGCAAAGACUGUAAAGUGAUCAGGUGCCAGUUCUCCAGCUUUGAGCAAGUGCAGGAAUGGCAGAAACGCAUGAAUUCUGCUCUGCGUCCACCAAGUCGAAUUGAGGAUCUCUUUUCCUUUGCAUACCAUGCAUGGUGUAUGGAGGUGUAUGCAAGUGAAAAAGAACAGCAUGGAGACUUGUGUCGUCCAGGAGACUACGUAAUAUCACGAUUUAAGAAUGAGGUGGAACGAAUGGGUUUUGACAUGGAAAAUGCUUGGAGAAUUUCGAAUAUCAAUGAGAAGUUUAGGCUGUGUCCUAGUUAUCCACAGGAACUAAUCAUCCCUGCUUGGAUAACAGAUAAAGAGUUGGAAAGUGUUGCCAACUUUCGUUCAUUGAAGCGUUUUCCGGCUGUGGUGUACAGGCAUCAAAGUAAUGGGGCUGUGAUUGCACGAUGUGGGCAACCUGAAGUCAGCUGGUGGGGCUGGAGAAACGCAGAUGAUGAGCAUCUUGUUCAGUCUGUUGCUAAAGCCUGUGCCACAGACAGUAGUCGAACCAGCCCAGGCAAAAUGGCCAAUGGUGGCUGUCCCCGCAACCACGUAAAUGGUGGAGUUCUGACAGAUGUAGAUUUUGAAUCCUCUUUGUCAAACAUUCCACCUCCUGAAAGCCCCUCUGUUCAGCCACAAAAACUGCUCAUCCUUGAUGCUAGAUCAUAUGCUGCUGCCGUGGCCAACCGUGCCAAGGGUGGAGGCUGCGAGUGUCCUGAGUAUUAUCCUAACUGUGAGGUUGUGUUCAUGGGAAUGGCCAAUAUUCACUCCAUUCGUAAAAGUUUCCAGUCGCUACGCCUGCUCUGCACACAAAUACCUGACCCAGCCAACUGGCUUUCUGCAUUGGAAGGUACCAAAUGGUUGCAGCACCUCUCUAUGCUGCUCAAGUCAUCCCUUUUGGUGGUGCCUACGCUGGACAAAGAUCAAAGACCUGUUCUUGUGCACUGCUCUGAUGGCUGGGAUCGGACCCCACAAAUUGUGGCACUUUCCAAACUGCUGCUGGACCCUUAUUAUAGAACUAUAGAGGGUUUCCAAGUCCUGGUGGAGACAGAGUGGUUGGACUUUGGACACAAAUUUGCAGACCGCUGUGGACAUGGUGAGAAUUCUGAAGACCUGAAUGAGCGCUGUCCUGUCUUUCUGCAGUGGUUGGACUGUGUGCACCAACUGCAGAGGCAGUUUCCAUGUUCAUUUGAAUUUAACGAAGCUUUUCUGGUUAAGCUGGUGCAGCAUACCUAUUCCUGUUUGUUUGGGACAUUCCUGUGUAACAACGGCAAGGAGCGAAGUGAAAAGCACAUCCAGGAGCGUACAUGUUCAGUCUGGUCCUUACUGCGUGCAGGGAACCGUUCUUUCAAGAACUUGUUAUACUCUACUCAGUCUGAAACUGUGCUGUAUCCUGUAUGCCACGUGCGGAAUUUGAUGCUGUGGAGUGCGGUUUAUCUACCAGGCUCCUCCCCUUCCACUCCUAGUGUGGAGUCCUGCACACCAUACCCUGCUUCUGGGUCUGCAACAGAGGAACCACCAAUAUGCAGGCUGUCAAAGACCCGGUCAUAUGAUGAUCUCCCUUCUGCUUGUGACAUCAUGGUGCCCUGCAUGAACAGGAGGAGCAGCGAUCCCAGUCUUAAUGAUAAGUGGCAGGACCAUCGGCGUUCUUUAGAGCUUAAUGGUUUGGGGAACCCGGGGGAGGAAGGGUAUGAAGGCGAUAGACAACCACUGGGAGCUCAUCUGUCCAUGGCAGCUGGUGUGGGUGAAGGGCAAAUGGAGAACAUCCUGCAAGAGGCCACCAAGGAAGAGGGAAUUGUUGAGGAGCUUGGUGGGAAACAGGGAAAGGGCCCGGAAGCAUGUCUGGAAAUAGAACAAGCAAAUUAUUUAGAAGAUUCUGCGAAAGGGGAGGAAGGUCUAGAACUGACCAGUAACACACCCCAUGCUCAAAGUAAUGAGGGGAUGCCAGACCGAGAUCGGGAGUGUGCCAACCCCAAGCCAGGAGGAGAAUGUGAUAAGUUCUCAAAUGGGAAAAUCUACAAUACUGAGGAUGCAGAAGUGGAUGGUGGUUCACCUCAGGAAUUUUGUGAUGAUGAAGGCACAAGCCAAGUGCCCGAGCAGCUUGCCUUUAAAUUAGAAGGGAAUACAAAACAAAAUGGAAUUAAAUUUGAAGAAGAUGCAAGCCAAGUGACAGAGAAGCUUAACUUUAAAUCAGAAGGGGGUAUAGAACAAAAUGGAGUUGAAUUUGAGGAAUGUGCAAGCCAAGAGCACAAGAAUCACAAUGGUGUAGAAAUUGAGGAAGAAGUCCAGAACAGUCCUAGUCCUCUUCCAUCAGCCCUUACCUCUUCAUGUGUAGUUUUGGAGGAUUCAACGGAUACCUUAACUGAAGGCCCUGUAGUCUCUUGGCCUUGCAGGCUGGACCAUGUGACUGCAGCAAAUGAACUGGCACAAAAGCCAGAAAAUUCAUCCAAUGAGGGCCUCGUUAUGAUGGGUAUACGGGGAAUGAAGCUGCAAAGUGAUAUGACAUGUAUGCCUCCCAUGCUUUCUCAAUGUGCCUUCCACAACUCUGAAUGCAAAGUACUAAUUCAUUGUAACAGGGACCAAAUUUAUUGUCCCUCUCUUGAUGGGUCUUGCCUUAAUGGGGACAUCCGAAGGGGCAAGCCAGGACUCUCACGACAGAACUCUAGCACAAACACCCCUCACCUACGGAAUACUCCGCACAAGUGCCCACUGCAUAGUGGAGGGAGAAAUAGGAUUGGAAGUCCUCCAGAACAGCAAGCUCGUAACCACCUAGAUGAUGAUGGCAUGCCUCUCUAUGUGGACCCCAUACAGCAAAGGCUAAGACAGAUGGAGUGUGGUCAUCAGCAGGAGGUUGAAACCUUAAAGAAACAGGUCCAGGAGCUACGGUGCCGGUUAGAAAACUUCUUUCCCAACAGCCCCUUGCGUUUCAAUGGUGAAUUUACAGAUGAAGUGAACUCGAUCCCAGAUACUGAAGGCAACAGAGAUCCCAGCUGUUUGUCGGGCUGCAGCACAGAACCCUUAUCUGAGACUAGCUGGGAACAAGUGGACAAACGGGAUACAGAGGUGACGAGGUGGGUGCCAGAUCAUGUAGCACACAACUGUUAUAACUGUGACAGCAAAUUCUGGCUGGCAAGCAGGAAGCAUCAUUGUAGGAACUGUGGGAAUGUUUUCUGCUCUAGCUGUUGUAACCAGAAGGCACCAGUUCCAAGCCAACAGCUGUUUGAGCCAAGCCGAGUUUGCAAGUUAUGUUACACCGACCUGCACCCCACCUGGGAACUGGAAAAUCCUAUUGCAGCAACGUCAAACUAGGCAAACUUCCAUAAAGGCAGAGAGCCGAGCCUUGAUACCCAGUGGAUGGUCCUGAGGAAUCUGUUGUUGGAGAAUUAAAUCUUAUUGCUUUCUCUACUAUGUACCUUUCUCCACUAUACACACUUUAUUUCCAAGAUCCUGCUGUUUAUCAAGACUGCGUUUGGAAGGGGACCUUUGAAUUUGUGUUUUCAAUGCUGGCUAUUUAGCAGUAGUUCUGGUUUUCUAAUUCCUUGAAGGACUAAAUAGUGGCUUUGAGGUGGGCACAUUGCUCUUUUCUCCUCCUGCCACUAGUGGGCCUCAGAGUGUGCCCUUGUUUGUCUGCACACAGUUGUGGGUCUGCCUUUUUAGCCACAUAUAGACCUCAUUAUCUGCAGUACUUUGGCAUGAUCUGAAUAUAUUGACACAUAUUCUCACAUCCCCUUCUGAUUCAGAUUAUCCACUCAUAGUGAGAGUUGGCCCCUACAACAUUUAAAAGAAUUCUGUUGUGCACAGGGUGUUAUGAACCUGUUUGUAUGCACGCUGUACAUUUCAGUCAGUGAGAAGUAUUGGAAAUGUGGGAUAUAAGAUGGCAGUGAAUUAACGAGAAUUAAUGUUAGACUCCUGAAUAAGAUAAUGCUCAUUCUGAAAAGCAAAGUCAAUUCUAGAAAGCAGAUAGUGUGCAUUCUUUUUCAAUGUGCUGUGUGGUGCUGCAAAGAACAUUCACACCAAAAAAAUCAAUGUGUUUAAAGUAGUGGAAAUAUAAUGUACUGUUGCCCUAUACUGGUUAAAGUUGUGUUUGCUUCAGAAACACUACUACAUAUAUCUGCUGCUGUGUAGCCCUGGGGGCUGCCAUUCAAGUUGGAAAAAAAGAAAAGUCACAGACUACAUAGCAGAUAACAGAUAUGCUCUUUAAAACACCAUUGUAUUCUACAGAGCUUCUCUGUUAUCUGCUGUGUAGUCUGUGCCAUUUAGCACGAUUCCUAUGAACUAUAGUAGAGUCUCUGAUGCAAAUGCAUAUGUAUUACUAGUGUGGGGCAGCAGUACAUAAUUUUAAUUACUUUGAGAAUUCCAUUGUUUGCUGUUACUGUUAUUUACAAGGUAUAGCAAUUCUCACACAGGAGAUUUAUUUUGCCAUGUGCCUGAUUUGUAUCUUCCCUUUCGUAGAAGCUGUUGCAAUUUUACAGUGACCAGGUACCACCUUGACCUGCAUUCUUUUGCCACUAGUUUUUGCACUGGCAAAUAUAAUAGAUAAGGGCUAACUACACUCCUGAUAUAUAAAGCAGAAAACAUUCAGAACAAAAAGAGUAGCAUGUUCAGAAUGAAUCUCAAUGCUUACAAAUUAACCCUCCAUCAGCUAGAUACAGGACUCUCAGAAUACAGAUUAUAAGUGGUUUACAAGAAAAUCUCUACUAAGAAGGUUGCAUUUGAAACAUUGAAAGUAUUAAAACCCAAAAAUGUAUUCUAAUUUAAUUUUUUUUAUUCACCUUACAUGUUGCUUUAUAGGUAAGGUGUUUGAUACUAACAUUGGUUCUUGACUUGUUUUCAAAACUCCAAUGUUUCAUGUGUUGUCUCAUUAGUAGAGUAAAUGUUAAAGGACAGGUCAACCCAAAAAAAAUGGGUUGCCUAAUAAAAGAAAACACAAUUCUAAGCAACUUUGCAAUAUGAAUUUAUUAAACAUUGUUAGUGCUUUAAAAGUUACUUGUAAAUGUCAUUGCCGUUGAAAGCAGCAUUUGCUUAACUCCUGGUUGUUACUUAUACAAUGCUGCAAAAGGCAAUCUGCUCCUGCAAGACAGGUCUGUAAGUCCGUUGUUUUGUGUUACAUUGUUUCAAAAGGCAGAGCCACCAGGGUAGAGAAAAGACUGGGCCAAACACUGCUUUUAAUAGGAAUACAAAUGCAAACCAUAGAAAAUUUGUAAUGAAUGAAUGCAAAGCUGCUUAGAAUUAUGUUUUCUUGUAAAACAUUAUUUUUUGGGUUGACAUGUCCUUAAAGGAGAA